UACAUUGUUUUUUAGCAUAAUUAGAAUGAAAACUAAUUUGCGGAGGAUUUAAAUAACUUACCGUGACAAAUCGCCUCUUUUAUUUGGCAGUAAAAUUAAUCGAACAUUUUGGCGGGACCGUGCAUCCCUCUAAUUGGUCUGAAAUUGUUGGUAAAGGAUUGAUACCGGCAGUGAACCAAUCGAAACGAUUCUUUUAGUAAACAUUAAAUUUUUUACCGGAGAAUUCCCGCCUAACCAGCCUCACAGCUGUUUCGGUUCUUGUACGGGUCCUCAUUGACUCGGCAAGCCGCCCCAAGACCGUUUCUUCACUCUAGAAACGUAAAGCCUCGUCAUGCCUCUGAAAUUCACGACAAAGGAGAAUGUCCAGCAGGACGGUAACAAACAAUUAGAAAAUAAUCACAUAGACAGUAAAAUAUCUCCAAAGAAAGCUUGUAUAUCACCUAGAAAACGUUGUGCUUCCCCGGUGACUUCUAAUGAAAAUAAAUUGACAAAUGGAGUUGAGAAAGAAAAAGCGGCAAAAAAAUUGGACCAACAAGAAAAUCAAUUCGAUCGUCAGCUGGAGCCUUUACUAAGAGAGAAUCCACGCCGAUUUGUGAUCUUUCCGGUUCAAUGGCCAGACAUUUGGGAAAUGUACAAGAAAGCAGAAGCAUCCUUCUGGACUGUAGAAGAAGUAGAUUUAUCCAAGGAUAUACCUGACUGGCUCAGCCUAAAAGAUGACGAACGUACAUUUAUUUCACAUGUCCUUGCAUUCUUUGCUGCUUCUGAUGGUAUCGUCAAUGAAAAUCUUGUAGAACGGUUUAGUCAGGAAGUACAAGUUACGGAAGCUCGAUGCUUUUAUGGAUUCCAAGUGGCUAUGGAAAAUGUUCAUUCUGAAAUGUAUUCUCUACUAAUAGACACUUAUAUCAGUGAUCCAAAAAAAAGAGAUUUCUUAUUUAAUGCCAUUGAAAACCUUCCAUGUGUCGCUAAGAAAGCAAACUGGGCACUAAAUUGGAUUAAUCAUGAAUCCGCGACAUUUGGGGAGCGUGUUGUGGCCUUUGCUGCUGUAGAGGGUAUUUUCUUUAGUGGCAGUUUUGCAGCUAUUUUCUGGUUGAAAAAAAGAGGACUCAUGCCUGGCCUUACCUUUAGUAAUGAACUUAUUUCUAGAGAUGAGGGUUUGCAUUGUGACUUUGCGUGUUUGAUGUUUAAACAUAUUGUACAAAAACCGUCGAAAGAACGCGUUACAUCCAUUAUAAAGAAUGCCGUUGAAAUAGAACAAGAAUUUUUGACAGAUGCUCUACCAGUUGAAAUGAUUGGUAUGAACUGCAAACUCAUGUGCCAGUAUAUUGAAUUUGUUGCUGACAGGCUUCUGGUCGAAUUAGGUUGUACAAAGGUGUAUCAAUCAGAGAAUCCAUUUGAUUUUAUGGAACAUAUUUCCCUUGAGGGAAAAACAAAUUUCUUUGAGAAGAAAGUUGGUGAAUAUCAGAAGUGGGGAGUGAUGCAAAAGAAAGUGGAAAAUACUUUCUCCAUUACCGCCGACUUUUAAGCAACCUAGCAAUGUUAAUGCUUAAAUAUAAAUUUAAGUAUGACUAAACCUCUAAAUCAAUACCGAAAUGGGCUGGCCCUCUGGAAUCUGGUUUGACAUGUACUUCAGAAUUUUCAGUUGCAUUGGAUUCUAAGGUUCAGUACGUCCUUUAUCUAAUUCAACCUUCUGAAGCUGAACAAGUAUAAAUGAAUUUUAGUAGAAAAGACUAAAAAUUAGCUUUAAUAUAAUUACAAUUAAAUUUGAAAGUAUUUCCAAUUAAAGAAUUAGGAAUACCAUAUGUGAUUUUUUAAAUUUACAAUAAUUGUUAAGUUUAAAUUAAUCCAAGAAUCAUGAAUUAUCUUGAUUUUUCACUUGACGUUUGUACAUAUCAUUUUACUACCUGAUUAGGUAUAAUUUCAAUGUGAUUGCAAGAAAUAUGUCUGACUUGAUCAAAAAGAUGACAAUUUUGUCAUUCCUUGAUUUAAAUUAAAUUUACCUAUUUUUGACAACUGUA